AUGGCGGAUUCUACAUCGGUGAGCUCGACACAGUGUGUAACUCCGGAUGGUGAAACUUGCAGUCAAGAUGGCAGUAGUAGCGAGUACUAUGGUACUUUGACAUAUAAUGUAGCCACUGGCGUGCACAAUGGAACGGUCGUUUUCAAUCAGUGUCCCAACAGUGACCCGAGUGGUCGUGUGGACGAUGGUUUCGACUACAAUAUCUCUGCUUCAAGCGACUGUCAAGAAAUGACAUUCCCCGUUGAUGGAUACAACACCACAGGUCCAUGGGCUGCCCCCUUGAGAAAUCGUCUUGGCAUCAGCUUGUACGGUGUGAAUAUCUAUGGCCCAUUUGAGGCUGGUUUUGUCGAAGGGCUCGUCUGCAAUGGAACAUGCGACGGUGGAGUUGACGUGCCUGCCUGUGACUUGACCCUUGAAUUACAGUGUGGUAUUGAGAAUGUAGAUCAGGAAUUUAUACUAGAUCCGUGCGGUGGACAUGCCCUGCCAUACCAUUAUCAUGCCGAUCUCAGCUGUGAGUACGAUCAGAACACAUUGGGACAUUCCGCUUUGAUUGGUGUUGCUUUGGAUGGCCGUGGUAUAUAUGGGCUAAAUGAAGACAAUGUAGAUGGCGAGGCUGUGCAACCGACUGAUCUUGACUUCUGCGGUGGUCACUAUGGAGCAGUGGAGGAGGGUGGCCCUGAGGUGUACCAUUACCACACACAGACCUCAGUGCCAUAUACCUUGGGUUGUUUCGGCCCAGUCACAGAAUUAGAAGAGUGCAAGGCAUUGUACCCAGAUAAUUGUGGAGUCGACUACGUGAUCCUUGAAACUGAGAGUGGUUCUUCAUGUUAUGACACAGAUUGCCAAUGUUUCUUAGCCGAUGGCACCAAUACGAAAUACACUGCUGUUACCUGCCCACUCUAACUUGUCAGCUAGAAAGACGAACCAGAGGAAAAUCCGAAUCCGAUAUCGUGAUACAAUCGCCCGCUUCGAAUUCCGAUUUCGAAUAUUCGACACGUAUAAAAAAUAAAAUAUAAAUUUGAA